GUUCCGUCUGCAUGGCUGGAGCGUCCCUGGCGCAGCAGAGCAGGACUGCACCGUGCGCUGGGCAGGGACGUUAGGGAAGUCGUAGCUGCAUCCCCAGCACACAUGGUUUGAUCCAGUUUUCUCCCAGUCGGUAACGGGGUUGAGCAGAUAAACAGCGAGAGUGUUCGCCUGCCUGGGCGCUUAACCCCAGCCCUCCCAGAGAGGGGAAGUACCACAGGGAGGGGGAGAAGCCCAAGAUCACCCAGGGCUGGACCUAGGCCACCAGCCCAUUACUCCAGAAAGGAACCUUUGGGACUGGGGACCUGUAGGUUCUGCAAAGCAUCACUGGCCGUGGCUAGCAUCACUGCAAAGCUUCACUGGCCGUGGCUAGCUUGGGAAAUGCCCACUUUGUAAUAUGCUGUGUGCAGCUAAUGAAUUGUGCAUCUGGCGCCUACACGUGGGUGCUCACACGUGCUCACGUAACUCCUCUACUCCAGUCCGGAGACACCGGGUGUGCUUGGCCGUGUGAGGUGCAUUGCUGGGGCCUGGCCAUGCCCCUGGGGCAGGGUUCGAGCCCAGCGCUCUGGCGCUAAGCAGAGGCGGUUGGGGAGCCCGCAGUGUGUUCUGAUGCCCUUGACUUUCCCCCGCCAGCUGCCGAUGGUGAAGGAUGAUGCUCUUGCUGCCCAACAGCACAGCCGGGGCCCGGGUGAGCCACGCCGAGCCGCUGGAGUGGGAGGAGCGGUCGCCCUGCGUGGAGGGGAUCAUCCCUGUCAUUUACUACAGCGUCCUGCUCGGCCUGGGGCUGCCCGUUAACAUCCUGACGGUCAUCGCCCUGUCCCGCCUGGCUGCCAGGACAAAGAAAUCGUCCUACUGGUACCUGCUGGCCCUGACCGCCUCUGACAUCCUCACCCAGGUCAUCAUUAUCUUCAUGGGCUUCAUCCUGCAGAUGGCCAUCCUGGCCCGUGAGGUGCCCCACACCUUCAUCCACACCGUCAACGUGCUGGAAUUUGCGGCCAACCAUGCCUCCAUCUGGGUGACCGUGCUGCUGACGGCCGACCGCUAUGUGGCGCUGUGCCACCCGCUGCGCUACCGCAUGCUCUCCUACCCCGAGCGCACCCGGAAGAUCAUCGCCGCCGUCUUCGGCACAGCGCUGGCCACCGGGAUCCCCUUCUACUGGUGGCUGGACAUCUGGCACGACUCCCAACCACCCACCACCGUGGACAAGGUCCUCAAGUGGGUUCACUGCUUCACCAUGUACUUCGUCCCCUGCAGCAUCUUCCUGGCCACCAACUCCGUCAUCGUCUGCAAGCUCAAGUGGGGGAAGCGGGUGGACGGGCACCGCCGGCGCGUGGGCAAGACCAUCGCCAUGCUGAUGGCCGUCACCACUGUCUUCACCGUGCUGUGGGCGCCCCGGACGUUCGUUAUCCUCUUCCACCUCUACAUGGGCUCCACCAACAACGACCAGAGGCUGCACAUGGCGCUGAACCUGGCCAACAUGAUUGCCAUGCUCAACACCACCGUCAACUUCUUCUUCUACUGCUUCGUCAGCAAGACCUUCCGCCGCACGGCCAGCGAGGUGAUCCGCUCCUGCAGUCCCUUCUGCACUGGGCACGGCCAGCCGCCCGCGAACGGGGGCUUUCUGCACUCGGCUCUGAAACCGCUGGGGCUGCUGGAGAAUGUGUCCCUUUAGGGUAACGGAGUCAGUGGGGUCCUGCUCUCGAAGGGUUCCCAGUCACCGGAAUGUGCAGCCCGGCUACCCUGUUCCCACGUGUCCCCGAGGGGCUUGGGCUGAGGGCGAGAUGGGGCGUGCGGCAGCCAGGGCAAGGCGGUGGGUUACAGUGUGCUGGCUGGAGGGGAGGCAGCUGGCACUAGUUGGAAUGGGCAAGAUGCCAGCUGGUACCGGGACCCCAACAGAGCAGGAACCGCAGAGCUGGUGGCCUGACUUGAGGCAUCUGUGAUUGCUGUGAACUCAUGUUAUGGCUGUGGAAGGGAACCAGGCUGGCCCGAUCCUGUGCCCAUGACACCAUACUGGGCAAGUGCCAAGCCCAGUGCACUAGGCUGCUCCAUCCAAUGCCGGUCUCCCACCAGGUCCAUCCGGGACCUCAGCAAGGGUCAGGCUGUGGGGAGGCUGUUUUAAUGCCUGGGCCCAGAGGGAGGAGACGCACUGUUGUUUGGGGAUGCUGCAGGGGGUGCUAAGCCCUUAGCAUCCCACAGGAGGCCCUGCGGUUGUAACACGUAUCCCAGGGACGUUUGAUUGCCAGGUGGGGAAGCCGAGAUGGUGUGGAACUAAAGGACAUGCCCAGAGUUACUGGCAAGGUUGUGAUCGAGAUGGGAAUGGAGCUCAGGAAUCCUGACAAACGGUUCCCUGUUCCAACCACUAGGCCAGACUGCUCACCCGGCCAUUUGCCGCUUCUGGCCCCCCCAGAUGCCAGUUCAGUCAGGUCGGAGCAUUUCAUCUCUCGCUGCUUUAUUGCCCAUCGCUCCUGAAGCAAAGGGCUACGCACGCGGUGCUCGGCCAGCAGGACGCCGGUGUUGCUGGAUGUUCUGGGGCCCUGGGACCAGCUGCGCUACGUCUGUGAGCGCCACCGUCUAUCAAAGCUUCCCCCGGGGAAGCCGGGCAGCAGCCCCAGGGACGGCGGCUGGCUGCCAAGGAUGAGCCGGGAGCGCUGGGCAGAGUUGGUGCUGGUGGGGCCGUGGCAAGGGCCCUGCCCACACUGCCAGGGCGAGUCCAAUAAACCUCCAGGUCAUGAUCAAAA